AUGUCGGCCCACGAGCAAAUGAGGGCAAUGCUAGAUCAAUUAAUGGGAACUGCCCGUAACGGUGAAACAGAUAGGCACGGAGUGAAAUUUUAUGAUGAUUCGGUUUGCAAAUCGUUUUUACUGCAAUGCUGUCCCCACGAAAUCUUAUCAUCUACGCGAAUGGAUCUAGGUGAGUGUCCUAAAAUUCAUGAUCUGGCUCUGCGCGCGGACUAUGAACUGGCGUCAAAAAGUAAAGAUUAUUUCUAUGACAUUGAUGCUACGGAACAUUUAGAAGCUUUCAUAGCUGAUUGUGAUCGUCGUACUACUUCCGCUAAGCAACGCCUGGCUGAGACUCAAGAGGAAUUAUCAGCUGAGGUUACCGAGAAAGCUAAUGCUGUACAUGAACUGGCUGAACAGAUCGGACAGAAAUUAGCUCGAGCUGAGGCACUGGGGGAAGAGGGGAUGGUUGAAGAGAGUGUUAAACUUAUGGGAGAGAUUGACGAGCUCCGUAAGAAGAAAGCAAUAGCCGAACAGGAAUAUCGCAACUCAAUGCCGGCCUCCUCUUACCAACAACAGAAGCUGAGAGUGUGUGAAGUUUGCUCCGCUUACCUUGGCAUACACGACAAUGAUAGACGACUAGCUGAUCACUUCGGUGGGAAACUACAUCUGGGAUUCAUUACCAUCAGGGAGAAACUGUACGAACUGAAGAAAACGGUUGAUAAGCGUCGUGAAGAACGUGGUGCUAGCGAACGCGAGCGGAGUAGCGGGCGGAGGCAUUACGUUGGUGGUCGGGAGUUGGACAGACGAGCGAGGAGACAUCGAGAGACAGCGAGAGAUAGAGAUAGGGGGAAAGAGAGGGAGAGAGAGAGAGAUAGAGAUAGAUCUGAAAGACCUGAUAGGACAGAACGAUCGGAGCGACCGGAACGACCGGACCGCGCGGAACGAGAGAAGAGACGCAGUCGUUCCCGUAGUCGUAAGCGUGAAGUGUCCCGUGAGCGACGUGACCGGGAGAGAGACGCUCGCCGCAGCCGUUCGUACCGAUCUACUUCACGUGAACGACGAAGAGAUUGA